AUGGAUGAUUGUUUUCAGUGCCCAGAUGAUUGCUAUCCAAAUAAAGAUCAUGACUCAUGCAUUCCCAAACAUGUAACUUACCUCUCCUAUGAAGAAAAUUUGGGCACCAGCUUGACUACACUGGCUCUUGUGCUGUCCUUCAUCACAAUUUCUGUACUGGGAAUCUUCAGGAAGUACCAUGACACUCCCAUUGUCAAGGCCAACAACCGCAGCCUCUCCUAUACUCUCCUCCUCUCCCUCCUGCUCUCCUUCCUUAGUUCCCUGCUUUUCAUUGGUCGACCCAUGAAGGUGACCUGUCUCCUUCGACAGACUGCUUUUGGGAUCAUCUUCUCAGUGGCGGUUUCUUGUAUGUUGGCCAAAACCAUCACUGUGGUCCUGGCUUUCAUGGCCACCAAGCCAGGAUCAAGGAUGAGGACAUGGGUUGGGAAAAGACUGGCCCUUUCCAUCGUGCUCUCCUGCUCCCUUAUUCAAACUCUUCUUUGUGUAGUCUGGCUUUCCACCUUUCCCCCCUUCCCAGAUGUUGACAUGACCUCUCUGAACAUUGAAACCAUUUUGGAAUGUAAUGAGGGAUCUGUUGCAAUGUUUUAUUGCAUCUUGAGCUUCAUGGGCUUUCUGGCUGUUGUUAGUUUUCUUGUAGCUUUCCUAGCCAGGAAACUGCCAGAUACUUUCCAGGAAACCAAAUCCAUCACAUUCAGCAUGCUGGUCUUUUGCAGUGUCUGGUUGACCUUCAUACCGGCCUACAUAAGCAGCAAAGGAAAAUACCUGGUGGCUGUGGAGAUCUUUGCCAUCUUAGCCUCCAGUGGGGGGCUAUUGGAGAUUAAUGGAAACCACAAGAUCUUAACCAAUGUCACCCUAGGCUUCAAUAUCUACAACACUUACUUUAGUCCGCGAUAUACCUAUGCAGCCACAAUGGAGCUGCUCUCUACAACAAGCAGAUUCAUCCCUAACUAUAAAUGUGACCUCCAGAACAAUCUGGUAGCUGUUAUUGGGGGACCAAGCUCUGAUGAAUUCCUGCACAUGUCAACCAUCCUGACCAACUACAAAAUUGCACAAUUACGUCAAAAGAUAUUUCUGGAUUCCGGCAAUUUCUUCAAGCGAGAAACCCUACUCUGGAGGCAGAAGAUGGUUCCCUGA